UCAAUGCUGCAUUCAUUUUCACUCAGACCGUGAUGAUGGAGGCUGUACAAAAGGAAAACUGGUACUUCAUGGCACUUCUGAUUUCACUCUCUUUUAUCAAAGUCUCGGAGGAGCUGCAGAUCCCAGGCAGCAUAGUGAAGCUUCAGAAUGGGAUGUUGUUGGAUUGCUCAUGUCCCUGGAGUGGUAACCUCAUCAUGGUGUCAUGGACUAAAGAUGUCAACUCGGCUCCACUUGCCAUUUUUCACCCUGAGUACGGCGUCAAUUUUGACGCUGCUUACGACGGUAGAGUUGAGUUCAUCGCUGCAUCAGCGUUGGACGGCAGCAUCAGAAUAAUGAACGUCACUGAAAAAGAUGAGGGUGUGUAUCACUGCUCAGUGCAGACCUUUCCUCAAGGGUCAUGGACCAAGGAUACACUGGUGCAAAAACAAGUGACGACCCCGGUCUUCUACCACAAUCCCAACACCAAAUAUCUUCACGUCUCUGAAAGCGAAGACGUGACCAUCAGAUGUAGUCAAAACGACACCGUGUACAAUGUCAGCAUGGAGAAGAUGGAGGGAGCGGAUGGAUGGAUCAGUCUGUUAGCGGUGUGUAAACUGAGUGACGAUGGUGUGGAACUCAGCGAGUAUCUGCACAGUGGAGUCAUGAACUGCAGCGACGCAAUGGAGAUGGAGCUGCAUUUAAACAACGUGAACCAGCAUGAUGGCGGGAAUUAUCGCUGUAACUUCAGCACACACGGGGAGGUUUCUAGCAGAAUUAUCAGGCUCGUGGUGGUUUCCAGUCCAAAAGGACUCGGUUGGUAUAUUUACACUGCAGCAGGAGUAGCGAUCGCACUCGUCCUGAUGUCCGUCAUUCUUUUGUUCACGUGGAGGAGCAGGAGGAAGGUGAGGAGAUUGGAGUACAUGCCCCAGAUACAAACCACCAAAAGAGAGCUUAGUUACUCUAGCGAGCAAGGCAGAGUGUAUGACAGGAUGAAAAAGACAACAAGGAACCAAAGAAAGAAUAAUCCAAUAUACAUCAACCUCCCAAGCAAAAAAGAGCAGAGGAAAGGACGAAGAUGAUGUUUGAGAUGAAGUUUAAGCUGAAAAGACUGCUGAAUACAGUAUGUGAUGAGCCAGUGAGUGAGUUUGUGAAUAGUGUUUGAUUGACAGGUAACAAGACCUUACUGGCUUUGUGUAAAGUAGGAAAGGAAGAGCCACUUGGAAAUCUCAUGGCCAUAGAAAGCCUGUGAUGACAUCAAAAACAUUUCAAAAACUAUUUUUGAAGUAAGUGCGUGAAGAAGAGUUUAACUGGAAUAAUUGAACGCAGCACACUAAAUGAAGACCAUGAGAUGAUGGCAUUUCUUUCUUUUUUUUUCUUUUUUUUUUUUCUUGAGUCUAGUUGGUCAGCGAGUGUUGGUUCAUCUACUAUAACAGCAGCUCUAACAGGAAUCUCGGCUGUAAUUCGAAUCCCAAGUUUACAUUAACGUGCUUAAUCGAAUACAUUUCUGUAGGAAUGAGCUACAAAGGGAUGUUUACAGAGGAUAGAAGACAAAACAUUUCCAACAUUAAGAGCUUUGCACGUUUUCUCCAUUCGUCUCAGCUCAGGUUGGUGAAGGAACCACAAUAUGCCGAGAUGGAUGUUUGCAUUUCUAAUGACACUGAGCUGAAAAUAUCUUUCCCGCAGUCCUUCAUGAUGCCUCAUUCGACUAAGGCGUUUUAUUAAUAAGACUAACGUUUUAUCUUCUGAUGAGAUUAUUCAGGACAUGUUUUCAGAAAUGUUAAGCUGCUCUCGCUUUUAUACGUACAGAAAUGGAGAAACAAUCUCUGAAGACGAGAUAACGAGAGAACCACCGUUAUCAGUGGAGUACGGAAUCAGUGACGGAAGAUAAACUGUGUUUUUAUCUCAAGUUCACUUAAGAAAAGUGUUAAUGACUUCAAAAUGCUUGCUGUAAUGUGGGUGAUUUGGCUUUUCUAGAGGAUGCUAUGGGGGGGAAAUGGGGAGUUUUGAGAAAAAAAAGAAAAAAGAUUUGUAAUAAAAGUGUUUUUUGUUACCUCA